GUUUCGUGGAUUUGAAGGGUACAGAAUUUUGGUUAUUUAUUUGCGGCACAGGGGAUUCGAUCGCAGGUUCUGAGUCCCAAUGACGAAGCUGUAUGCGUCUUGUGCAGCUAUGGUGGUGGUGCAGAUUGGGUAUGGCGGAUCCAACAUUCUCAUGAAAAUCGCCAGCGAGAAGGAUCUUAAUCCUUUUGUCUUCGUCGUGUAUCGCCAUUUCAUCGCCUUCCUCCUCUUGGCUCCUUUCGCUUAUGUCAUCGACAGAAACAAACCCGCUUCUCUAACGAUUUCGACGGCGAUUAAGAUCUUUUUACUCGCAAUUUUAGGGUCAACCAUUCAUCUGAAUCUAUUCUACGUCGGAAUCGGCUAUACUUCGCCGACGGUGGCUUCGGCUUUCAGUAACGUCAUUCCGAGCUUGACUUUCGUCAUGGCUGUUCUAUUCAGAUUGGAGAAGGUGAAUAUUAGAACUGCAAGGGGUGCCGCUAAAGUGGCGGGGACGAUUCUGUGCAUUGGUGGUUCCCUUAUUUUCACGUUAUGGAAAGGACCAUAUGUAACCAAAGCCAUCUUCAAGGAGCCACUCAUAGACAUAUACAGGAAUCAUGACUCUGGGAAUAGCAGUGGCAAGGAUUGGAUUAAGGGCUCAGCUUUUAUUCUUAUAAGCGAUAUUGCUUGGAGUAUAUGGCUAAUUCUACAGGCAUUUGUCACCAGAAAAUACCCAGCUCAAUUGACCAUGACUGUGUUGAUUUGCUUGUUUGCAACUGCACAAUCUGGCUUCCUUGCCUUGAUCUUUGCUAGAGAUCCAGAAAAAUGGAAGCUGCAAUGGGAUGCACGGCUAUUAACCAUCGUAUACAGUGGCAUAGUGAUUUCGGGCGUGGGGUAUUUCCUACAAACCUGGUGCAUCAGCCGCAACGGGCCAGUUUUUACUUCAAUGUUUAGCCCCUUGAUGCUGAUAUUUGUGGCCAUAUUCUCAGCAUUUGUGUUCUCAGAGCGGCUUCAUGUGGGCAGCCUGGUAGGAGCUUUCUUUAUCGUACUGGGUCUGUACUUGGUUCUGUGGGGGAAGAAGGCAGAUCAUGUGGUGGCAGCUGAACCGCAGGAGAAAGAUAAGGUGUUUGUUGACACUGAAAUGCAGAAUACAUCUGUAAAUGAUAGCCAAGUAAAGGGUUGUGUAACAUAAACGAGAACAUGAAUCUUUUAUUUCAUAUACAAAUGCAAAAAGUAGAAAUUUAAUAACA